ACACUGAAUGUCUUUUAAGUACCCAGCCAUGCUCGAAGAGACGUCGUACAAAUUUGUCGAGUAUGUCGAUUGGCUAUCGGAUAGAGAAUUUCUAGAGUCCCUAAUAUUUUCUAGAUGUAAUACCAUCUUCAAUGAGCGAAUAUAGAUAUUUUUCAGUGAUUUUUCCCAUCCCUGCUGUGGACUCUAUUUCAGUUUCCAUACCAGAGUCAUCUCUCGGCAAGAUGCAAAUCGAUCCUGGUGUGGUCAAACAACAGCUACUUUGCUUAAUACUUCGCAACGAUUUACUUUAUGCGUUCUUGGGACGCAAAUUAUUUUGAAAUAUAGAAGCCAUGGAGUCCGCGAUUGGGCAUCUCGAGCAAAGUGUUCAAAAAGCCGACGGGAAGCUAGAUAUGAUCGCCUGGCAAAUAGACGCUUUCGAGAAAGCUUUCGAGGACCCGGAGAAUGAGAGGCGCAGUCGAGUUCAGUCAUCGCGCGACCGGUUCCGAGGUCCCUGUUCACCGCACGAGUCUGACUCACCGUCGUGGCCGAUGCCUGAGAAUAGUAUCGCAGGAAAGCGGGGCCUUCGCUUCUCUUACAUUCUCUUAACUGUCGUUAGAAAAGUUUCUGCCCAUGGAAGACUGAUAGAGCCACCAUCGCGGGCCUCCAUGUGGAGGUACGGCUUUGACACACCACAUGAUUACAACGACCACGAGUGCUAUUGCGGCGGUUUCACCAGGCAGUGGCAGCGGAACAAAGGGGAAUGCGGUAUUUGCGGAGAUCCCUGGGAUUCCCCAACGCCGCGUUUGCACGAGACUGGCGGCAAGUAUGGGAACGGAGUGAUCGUCCGUCGUUACCGGACCGGAUCCAUCAUAUCGGUGCGCGUAGAAUUGACGGCAAACCAUCACGGCUACUUCGAGUUCCGUACAUGCGCGAUGUCUUAUCGUGACCGGGAGGUCACUCAGGACUGCCUGGACCAGCAUCUACUCCGCGCUGAGAACGGAUCCAUCCGCUACUACCCCGGCCCUGGCAACCGAAUUUUUCAGAGCUAUUACAAACUACCAGAGGGCUUGACUUGCGCCCAAUGUGUUUUCCAGUGGCGAUACAUCGCAGGCAACAAUUGGGGCGAUUGCGGCAACGGCACAGGAGCGGUUGGAUGCGGUCCUCAAGAGGAGUUCCGUGCUUGCGCCGACAUCGCUAUCGGCAAUAACGAGACAACAUUAUCACCGAAGUUACCGAAGCAGCCAACCACUACUAUGGGGAAAUUGCCGAUAGAUACGAGCCCGUUACCAAAAUCCGGGCCAUACUGGUUGUUCAAUAUGGUCAUCGCUGGUACGUGUCUGUUGGUGGUGCUGGCCGCUAUGGCAUUGCUUUACACGUACUACUAUCACGCCGGCAGAGCCAAAAAAUGGCUCAUGGCGAGGAGAUUGUUGGCUCAAGACGGCAGUCCGCCAGUCGCACCACCGAGGCAUAAAAAGCAUCAUAAUCACGCAUCGAACACGCAACUGCAGCUGUAGAAUUCUGUAUAUUUCAAUUGUCAACACCAUUAUUUUGGGAGGAGGAACUGACUUACUUGAAAUUUUCGAACCUUCGCGUUCUAAAAAAAAAUAAUUAAACCAAUUAAAUUUAGGCGUUUAUAAUAGUAGAAAGAGGUUCUCUAGAGAUCGAUCACACCAAAGUCGAUAGGAAGAAGGGGAAAUAUUUAAUUUAACGAUCCAGACUACUAUUUACAAGGUAGUUUAUCCGUAAAAUCAUUUUUUUUUUCAUAGGAAUUCUUUUAAAUUUCAGCUACGUAUUAAUGAAAAUAUUGCAUGUAUAUCCGUGAAGUUAGAAAAAGACUGACCGCUUCAAGAACUAAGACAAUUACAACUAAAAUUGAUAUUUUUUUAUACGUGUUCCUUUAGGUUAGCGCCUUAUUUUUUCUAUAUUUUUAAUUUCUUCCAAACUGCAUUUAGAAUUUAAUGAAGAACUAUAUGUUAAACUAUGAUGUUAAAAACUAUUGUACAUACAUUAUAUAAAAAUUUCGGAAUUAUUAACUGUU